GUUUGAGAAAAUUUUCUAUUUUCAAUAUGGUGGAUAAAUUACAUGAAUAUCAAGGAUGUAUUGGACAAUUUCAUACAAUACGAGAUCGUAUACGUAACCGUUGGUGUGAAUGGAAAGAAGCACAUCCUCAAGGAGUUGCAGCAACAAUACGUGGUUAUUUAGAUCCAUCCAGACCUGGAUCAACGCCACCACCGUCGAAUCAAGAUGAUACAAAUGCAAUAGAAUCUGAGGAUUAUUCACAUGUUUAUAGACGUAAAACAAGAAAGGAGCUAAUACGAGUAUCGGCUGCCGUAAUGGGUAUAGAAUUUUCAUAUGCAGCAGAAACUGCAUUCGUUUCGCCUACGUUAUUAAAAAUUGGAGUUUCACAUCAGCAUAUGACGCUUGUAUGGGCUUUAUCACCAUUGGUUGGAUUUUUUUGUACACCUAUACUUGGAUCGUUAAGUGAUCGAUGUCGCCUAUUAUUGGGACGAAGGCGUCCAUUUAUUAUACUACUAUCAAUUGGAGUAUUUUUAGGAUUAAUAUUAGUACCAAAUGGAGAAGAUUUGGGUUAUGCAAUGGGUGAUUCUUAUCCAAAAUAUUUUAAUUUUACUCAACCAAAAAAAGUAUUACCGCAUCGAACCUCAGCAUAUAGCAGUGAAUCUAUAAGUGAAACUGUAUUGUCCGAGAACACAACGGAUAUUGUGCCUCAUAAUCCACACUAUGAAAAUUCACAUCCUUGGGGUGUGUUUUUUACAAUUUUGGGUACUGUGUUACUCGAUUUUGAUGCAGAUGCAUGCCAAAGUCCUUCAAGAGCAUAUUUAUUGGAUGUUUGUAUUCCAGAGGAUCAUGCAAAAGGCUUGAGCACAUUUACAAUAAUGGCCGGUUUAGGUGGAUUUAUGGGCUAUGCGCUAGGUGGAAUCAAUUGGGACGUAACUUUUAUAGGUGCACUUUUUGGCGGACACGUUCGAGCUGUUUUUACAUUAAUUACAAUUAUUUUCGUUGGUUGUGUUUCAUACACAGUAACCAGUUUUAAUGAAAUUCCCUUACCACUAUUAGAAAAAGAACAACGAAUUCAUUUAAAAUUAACACGAAAAAAAUCAUCUUUGUCAUCCAUUGAAACGGACCGAAUAAUUGCAAGUACAUCAGAUUUAAAAUAUGGAACCAACGAGGAGGUAAAAACGCCUGGUGAAAAUGAAAAUGACGUUGAAAUCAAUGUAGAUAAUCCAUCAAUAUUACCCCAAAGUGAGGAAGUGGCAAGUUUACGAGAAUAUUUACAGAGUAUUGUCUAUAUGCCAUGGUCAUUACGUAUGCUAUGUUUGACAAACUUAUUCUGUUGGAUGGCUCAUGUCUGUUAUUCCUUAUAUUUUACUGAUUUUGUAGGAGAAGCUGUUUUUGGUGGUGAUCCAAAAGCUAUGGAAGGUACAGUAUCACAUGAGUUAUAUGAGCAAGGUGUACGAUUUGGUUGCUGGGGGAUGUCCAUGUAUUCGUUAUCGUGUGCAUGUUAUUCAUUCGUAAUCGAAAAAUUGAUAAAACGAUUCAGAGCAAAACCUGUAUACAUCGGUGGUCUUCUGGUGUAUAGUAGUGGAAUGUGUUUGAUGGCGCUUACAAAACAUAAAAUUGGAGUGAUUUUAUUUAGUUGGUCAGCGGGUGUUAUGUACUCAACGUUAUUUACAAUGCCUUAUUUAUUAAUUGCGCAUUAUCACGCUUAUGGCACGUUCGAAAUUGAUGAAAAUGGGCAAGCUAGUAUGGGAAGUCAAGUACGUGGUCUUGGUACUGAUAUUGCAGUUGUAAGUAGUAUGGUAUUUUUAGCCCAAUUUAUAUUGUCUAUGUGUAUGGGCACAAUUGUUGCAUUAUCCGGAACAACAACAGCGGUGGUUGUGGUCGCGUGUACAUUGAGUUUAUUUGGAGCGUUAGCAGCUACUCAAGUUAUGUACUUAGACUUGUAAUAAUUCAUUUGUAAAUGUUACUUAAAUGUAUUCUAUUUAAGAUUGUUAAAUAAAUAAAUGUUUCUUGUUUUUA